CCGUUCCAGGUCUUCUUCUCUACCCUCUCCUUCGCUUUGCUUCCUCCCGCAGCUGAGGUUGAGAAGACCAUCGCCGCCGCCGCCGCCAUCGGGGACGAUUUUGCUUUGCUCUCUCGCUUCGUCAUCGCGGUCGGUAGCUGCAUGAGAGGUCGGUUCGUCGCCGGUGUUCCGGCUUCGUGUUGAUUUCACGGGGGGAUGUACGGAGGUGAUCGAGCGGAAAAGGAAUAAAGGUCUGCCCUUUUUUUUCGCCGGUAGUGGCCCUCUCUGUUGCCGGGGGGAACGGUGGUUGGGAGGGAUCAGGUGGGAGAUAAAGGACUGGUAGCUGGCAAAAGCUUCCCCCUUUUGGGAGUAAAAAAGGAAGCGGCUUGGAUGAUGGAAUAUGAGAAUUCCUCCGUCAUGACCGUCUCCAACACCGGCGAAGCCAGCGUCUCUUCCUCCGGAAAGCUUCCGCCCACCGCGCUGCCUCCUAUGGGGUCAGCUCAGCUGAUUCCGGCGGUCAAGAAGAAGCGAAACCUUCCCGGAACGCCAGAUCCGGAGGCGGAGGUGAUCGCGCUGUCUCCGAAAGCGUUACUGGCGACCAAUCGGUUCGUGUGUGAGAUCUGCAACAAGGGAUUCCAGCGGGACCAAAACCUGCAGCUGCACCGGAGAGGACACAAUUUGCCGUGGAAGCUAAGGCAACGAACGGGGAAGGAAGUCCGGAAGAGGGUUUAUGUGUGUCCGGAGCCGGGCUGCGUGCACCACGAUCCGUCGCGGGCGCUCGGAGACCUCACCGGCAUCAAGAAGCACUUUUGCCGGAAGCACGGCGAGAAGAAGUGGAAGUGCGAUAAGUGUUCCAAAAAGUACGCCGUGCAGUCGGACUGGAAAGCGCACUCCAAGGUCUGCGGCACCCGCGAGUACCGCUGCGAUUGCGGCACCCUCUUCUCCCGGAGAGAUAGUUUCAUCACGCACAGAGCAUUCUGCGACGCGCUAGCUGAGGAAAGCGCCAAAACGGGAACGGAUCCGUCGACCACGAAUCCAAAACCGGCAAGCGAGGAGGACGGAAAAACCGCGACAGCUUCCGAAGAAGCUACGGAAUCCGAGGCGGCGACGGCUGUUGUGGAAGCAGCUCCUGCGACAGAGGUCGAAACUCCAUUGCCACCACGGCAGGUGGCGCCACCGGCGCCGGAACGUCAAGAGCCGGAGAAAUCGACCGCGGUGCUGAAGUACGUGCCGCCAUCCAUUGCGCCGAUAGCUAACCCCAGCAGUGCCGUUGCCGCCGUCUCCUCCACCGCUACAAGCAGCCACAGCAGCAAUAACAUCAGCAUGUUCGCAAGCCUCUUCGCCUCAGUAUCGGCCAACGCCGCAGCUCACAGCAGCGCCACCUUCUCGGACCUGAUGGGCGCCAUGGGCCACCCCGACCGGCCCCUGGAGGAGCCGCUUUCCCUCUGCCUCGCCACCAACGGAGGGGCGGCUCCUUCGUCCCUGUUCUCGCCGCCGCAGAGUCAGUCGCACGACUGGCGCCCGUUCGCCCCUCCGCCCCCGCCGUCUCCGCACAUGUCUGCGACGGCAUUGCUGCAGAAGGCGGCUCAGAUGGGUGCUGCGGCAACGCGGUCUUCCUUCCUCGAGGGGUUCGGCCUCGAUACGCCCUCGGGGCCGACGGAGAGCAUCGCCAGAGACAGCAGCGCCCUGUGGUGGGGGCAUCAGCUGCAAUUGGAACCGGAGCCAGCUCCGAUACUGCCUUACGAACAAGACCUAAUGAUGGGCUCCUCGGCCCUGUUCGGGGCAAAGCCGGCGACGACGCUGGACUUCCUGGGGCUCGGAAUGGGCCCGGUCGCAGGAACUCCCAACGGAGGUCUAUCAGCAUUGAUGACCUCCAUGGUCGGCAGCAGUCUCGACCUUGGAACAGGGCCGGCGGCCGCUGGAGCCUGGGAAGCGACGGACAGGAAGCCCGCCAGUUCUGCCAAUCUCUAAAACACCACCUCCUCCUCUCCGACCUUAAAAUCUCCAUUAGAGAGGAGAGUUUUGGCGAUGGAAUCGGACGAUUCCUCUCUUAUUUCUUCUGUGUUCUGAUUCGUCAUGCCGGAGCACAUCUGAAGCUUACAGGAAACAUAAAUCAUGUACAUACUCUUUCGAGUUAGUCAUUACAAACAAGCUUCCACUCCA